AUGUCAAUAUCUUCAUCAUCUAAAAUAUAUGAACAUAUAAAAUUUUGUAUAACCUCGUCUAAUUCUCCAUGUUGUCUUUCCAAAAAAGUUCGUCGAAAAUCUAGAUUGAUAAAUUUUAUUUAUGACGUUUUGAAUAUUGCCUUAGGGAUUAGAACCGCGCAUUUGGUUGAUGUAACAUCUCUAACUUAUGAAGAGACUACCAGGCUCAUAGCAUCUCUUCGUCAAGAAAUCCCUCAUAUAUGCGGCAUACAAUUUUCAGAUACGCAUGUAUUCAUAUGUAAUCAAGAUUUAUUAUCAGCAAAGCUCAAGUUGGAUCUUGAUAAUGAAUUCAAGGAUAUCGCAUUCAUAGACGUAUCCAAAAAAAACGUCGAGCCCACGCAAGUCAAUGUUCCCGAUUCGUUGAUGCAUCUCUUGAGUACACAAUUUCAUCCAUUUACCUUUCAAGAAAAUUCGGAUUCAACUUUAUUCGUUUCUCAAACUCCUCAAUGCAUGAUUUCUUUCACCGGGUGGAUUUUAGAGUAUCCCGUCAUAUACGUGUUAGAAAGCUCUUCAACCGAUGACGAAAGUUCAUUUUGUUCGCAAAAUAUAAUGAUGAAUUGCCUUGGAAGUCAAGAAUUAAUAUUGUAUCGAAUCUUCCUAAAGAAAAACAUGAAAUCUACCGAGGAAAUCCAAAGGCAUAUGUUAUUAAGUUUUAGUUGCCCUGUUAGUUUUAUCAGUUCUUUUAAUAACAAACCCAACAAAGAUAUCAUUUCCGCCAGAUUGAACAACAUUGUUAGUACCAGGGUUGAACAGAAUAAGUCAUUCUGGAAUAAAGGGUUGGAAUUAGAGGUUAUCUCUGCCUUUUCAGAACCGCUGAAUUUAAAUCUUACAAUUAUCAAACCUUACCAAAUUGCACGUGUUCCUCCAAACAACGGAACUUGGAUAACAUGCGGUUCGACACAAACAAAUAACGUUAGUUAUAGUCUUGUGGUGGUGCCUCCUCUAACGCCAAUUACAAAUGGUUUCGGAGCAAGUGCUGAAGGAAAUAAUGCACCACUAACGGGGGGAGGAAGUGGAGUUUACGUUUAUUUGGUAGAUUAUGAAAAUUCUCAAAGGUUUCCCAAUAUUGCCCCAAUACCAUCAUUAUCAUGUUAUAGCGACGAAGUAACUUAUUGUAACCAUGAUUCUGGCACUACUCCGUUGGUUAAUCUAGGAUUUUAUUAUUGUUUAAUCGUACAAAAUCCUUAUGCAACCCCACAAAAGGUAGCAGUGGCAUUCUCAGAUACUGUUACGGUAUUUGGAAAUGGUGGAUUUACAAGUCCAGAUGGCAAUGGUGAAACUGGAGCAAAUGGAAUGCCUUGA